CUGGAUUCUUGCUGUUUGGCACCAGCUGAACUCUUGCUUAUCACGUCUAGGAGCACCUGAAGCACUUAUGGGGCCAAAACAUUUCUUCUCUUGUCCGGUGGUGCCAGGGCAUGGCCAAGUGACAGUGAAGUGGAUGUCCAAAUUAUGGAAUGCUGUGAUAGCUCCCAGAGUUCAAGAAGCAAUACUCUCCAGAGCCUCUGUGAAAAGACCAUCUGUACCAGGACAAGUAAUAGCCAAAAAAAAUCCUAGCCAGGGUCAACAGGCUGUUGUUAAAGCUGCUCUCAGUAUCUUGCUAAAUAAAGCUGUUCUGCAUGGCUGUCCUCUACCCAGAACAGAGUUAGAUAAUUAUAUAGCAGAUUUUAAGGGAGGAAAUUUUCCUUUAUCCGUUGUUUCAAGCUACAAAAAUUGUACUAAGAAAAGAGGUGAGAAUACUUCUUGGAGAAAAGUGAGCACAAGUCCUCGCAAAAAGUCAGGCCAUUUAUCCUCCCAGUCAUGGAAUAAGCAGGAUACACAUACUGAAGGUAUAAAAUCCAAGACUAUGUUGCAACCAAACUGUAAGAAAAGAGCUUCCCUUGCCACAAAAUCUUCAGAGAAGGUUCAAUUGAAAACAUUAAAUCUGGAGCAGAGGCUGUCCCUUGGUUCUGAUGAUGAAGUAGAUCUUGUGCAAGAACUUCAGAGUAUGUGUUACAGCAAAUCUGAGCCUGAUAUAAGCAAGAUAGCAGAUUCUAAGGAUGAGCUAUUGAUGUUCAGUAACUCCCAGAACAAUCCUGUGUUUUCAGCAAGCGGUACUAACCCAAAUAAAACAACAGCACAAAAGGAUGGAACACGUCCUCUCAGCAGCAGUCGACCUGUGGAAAGCAGCAACAGUAAAUCAAUGACAGAGUUGGGUGUUUCAAGAGUUAAAUCUUUUCUUCCUGUUCCUAGAAGUAAAGUCACCCAGCCUUCUCAGAAUACUAAAAAAAGCAGCAGCAGUAAUACAAGGCAAAUAGAAGCAGAUAACACCACAAAACGAGAGAUCUGGAAUUUGCACAAAAAAGAACCAACAGAAAAAUCUAAUAAAUAAACCUGCCUACCAUACAAUUUUCUGUGUUCAUAUAAUCUCUACUGCAAAGAACCAAGUACUCAAAUAUGUAAAUAUUUUUUUAAAAUAAACUGUUUCCCUGUAAUGUAAAGUUUGUACAGGACCACAGUUUCAUUUCUAUGUAAAUCGGCUAGAAAUUAUAUCGAUUUAAACUUCAGAAAUGGGCAGUUUUGCAACCUUCAGAGACAAUAGGGUUUGAGGUAUUUUUUCUUCCUUUAUUAUGAAAAUUACUCAUUUAACUGAUAAUAUUCAGGGGUAUUACCACAGGAUUCUGUUUGUGUAUAUACUGUACAUAAAUAUAUUCUAUUAAGUUCACGUGUUAAACUGCAUUCAGAUGAGUUGCACAGUAUGUACAGCAAUGGCUUAAUGCUAUUGUACAUGCAUUUUAAAGACAUGUUUUUAUCUUCAUUUAUUGAAAAAUUAAUGGAAUGUGGCAAUAACUAAAAUGAUUGGAAAUGCAGAUCAAUUACUUUCAGCUACAAGCCAUACCGAAUACUUUGAUUUCCCCA